GGUCAUAUGAAGGCCUAUUAGCUGCGAAUUAUUACUGGUUUAUUGACAACCAUGUAUCAGGAGUUGUCGCAUGUCCUCUUCCGCUGAUGCAGCCGACCCGAGCGACGUGGGAAGACCGCGCGUUGCAAUGGCAUCUACCGAAUCCAAGCCAAAGAGAAACCCGAGGAGGACAGUCAAGGAUCGAUGGGAGGAACAAAAGCUGAUGAGUAGCGAUACUUCACAGCUUAUAGAUUUGGAUAUAGUGAGACUACUUGCGCUACCUGAAGCUUGGGGCUGCCUCGAAGAAGAUGAGAAAAAGGAAAUCUUGAACCUGCUCCCUAGCGAUGUGCAUCCAAAUCCCCAUCUUCCUUCAGAUGGCCCAAAUGCGAAGAUUCCACCGUUGCCAGAAUCCUUCUUACGUUAUUCGAAUCAUUGGCGCGAUGGUAUCCGUAAUUUCCAAUUAGACCUCCAGAAUGGGCGCUACGAUCCGGGGUGGCUUCGCGAAGCUGAAGAAGCUAUACAACAAAGGGCUGAGGGCCAAUUCGAUAACUUCAAAGAUCGCGAAUUCGAAGAGUUUUGGGGUCAAAAACAGAAGAUGGAUAGAAGCCUAGCUGCAGGGCAAAGUUCUCGGGUGAAGCUGAGCAAACUCAUUGAACAUGAAGUUAUUCGAAAAGGCGAUGUCUGGAAAUAUUCCAAAGGCUUCACUAAUAAGGGCUGUAAAAGUAUUUUGGUUGAGAAAGAAGCCAGGAUCGUGGAUAUCAACGAUUUCCGCUUGACGUUCGCUGUCCCUCCUGGGCAACGUGUAUUUCUUGCAACAAAGCCGAAAAGCGACACUCAAAUUCCAGCGACAACCGGGGAUUUAGCUAUUGAUUCAACACCAUCCCCAUCUUUCUCGCCUAAAGAUCCACCCGAGACUGAUUUAGGUCCCACCUUAGAUGCAGAAUGUUUUACAGAGGCUGGAUCCUCUAACAAACGAGACGCUGAUGUUGAAAUCGAAGUUCCACCCAUCAAAAGACGGCGUGGUCGCCCACGCAAGGUCCAGCCGGCUCAGAACGGGAAGACAGUGUGCAGCGUUGUUAUUGAAAAUAAAUCAACACUGUUGGGUCCCAUAAAUGAUGGGGAAUCCCUUAUGAAACUGGAGGAUAGUGACACAGGCUUUGACAACAAGUCUCCAGGUGCCUCCGAACUGAGUCAAAACGGGCCUUCACAAUCUCUGUUGACGGUAAAGGAUGAUACAGAAACCGAAGAGGUAAUUAUCUCAAACGUUCAAGGGCCUACCGCUCUUUCCGCGAAGAUAUUGGAGGUUGAUGGACGUGUCAAAAAUCCCCCCAAUGGUAAUGCUUGGAAAGAGAUCCGCUCUUACAGAGAUAAUCAGGACAUGGGGACCCUUUGGGAGAUCAGACAGGCUUGGUAUGUCAAAAACAAAUAAUCCUGCAGUCUUCCGGGUGGUUUCGUAUGAGCACAUUUCUAUUCUCCAUCUUUCGAUUCUUUUUCUAUGCACAGCUAGAGGUGUCAGAUUAAUUACUUCAUCCACAGCUGUGUCGUUACUAUGGUAGGGUCUAGGUAGGCCCAUAAACGAGUCUUGGGCAGGAUUUAUUUCGUUCUGUCCCUUUCCAUCAUCCGAAAACUAAUUCAUUACAUUAUUACAUUGUACAUAUUAGAGUCCGUCAUUGUUUGACCCAGCCAUCGCAUUUUCAUCUCGUGAUGCUCGGUUGGGGUCUGCAUCAGCGGCAUAGUCGACCGCAAAACUCGAUUGAAUGAAAUCUUCCAAUUC